GAUUUCGAAACAGGAAGUAAACAAAUAUGUACAUGACGUAAUUUUUGUGUUAUGGAAGAAAUCAGCUGUUUAGACAAUACAGCUCCUUUAGAAUUCAACACAGCGAGUUUAAUCGUCAGUAAAGAAGGCUUACAAGUUGCCUUUGAAAGGUGCCCACUAUGCUCAGAGGCUAAAAGACCAUUUCACUGUACAAAAUGUGUAGUCAGUGGCAAAUUCAUUCAUUCUAAUGCAACAUAUCCAGAUAGUUAUGAAUCUUUGCACAGCAAAUGGCAAAGGACUAAGAGAGACAGAGAUCUUGUGUUUGAAAGGUUUAAAAGGGAAACAGCCUGGCUUCAGAGGCAAGAUGAGAAGAGGGCGGCCAUUGAUCAGUGUAAACGUAAUAUAGAACUGCUGAAACUUUCACUGGCAGCAACCAAGGAUAUAAGGAACAGAGAAAAGUUAGCAUUUGAGCGAAUGAGGAAAGAAAAUCGAUUGAGCUAUGCGAAGGGGAAGAAACAUAAGGAGAAGAAGCAAAGAAUCGUAGAGUAUAUCGAGAAAGUGUCUGAUACAAUUGUUAAGAAGAGAGAGAAGUUAGAAGAACGGCACAAGGAACUGAUGGAGCUCAGGCAAAAACACAUUAGUGAUCUCAUUACCUUCAUAUUCCCAGUGUCCGAAGUGAAAAAUAAAGUUGACAGUAUGACGAUGGGUGCUAGUGAUGAUUAUAGGAAGGAACUACAGGAAGCUAGUCAGAUGGCGUACGUCAGGGGUCGAUGGAUUACCUCCAGUAGUCAGUAUAGAAUAGUUGAGCCUGCCUUGCCCUCUCAUGGAGAAUACGCCCAAUAUAACCUCAUGGUUGCUCGUAAUCGUGAAGACGGGAAUUCGGAGAGUUGUUCACCAGAGAACCCUGGGAAUAGUAUUAUAGCAGGACUAUGUUACACAGCACAGUUGUUGGCAGUAGUGUCCCAUAUACUGAAUGUUAGUCUUCCUAAACGUCAGUGUUACAGUGAUUUUUGUCUACAAGAUUUGCCUGAGAAACAGUUCAAUUCAGCUGUGGCCCGGCUCAAUAAGAAUGUUUUAUACCUGUGCUUCUCUCAAGGUGUGGACACAGACAAUAUAGAACCUAAACACACCUUACAUAAUAUUUUACUGCUCUUAAGACACCAGCAGCUAGGAAGGAUAGGAUCAUUUGAUGUGAUACAGGACAUGAUGGACUCAGUGGAAGAUUCGAACGGCCAAUCAGAAGAGAGCGAUGAUGAUUUACCGGUCGGUCAUGACGAACCAGACAAUGCUGAAUGGGAACGUGUACCAGACAAUAUUCCGGUUCCUAUUCAACAGGAAUCAUCUUCAAUUCAAAUGGGCUACAUUUCUCAAGAUAUGUCCGAUUCAACGCUUACGGCUAGCGGUGUUAUUUCUUCGGCGUAUAACACUGUUAGCUCAUUCUUCACAUUUAGAAGAUGACGAAACAUUUAAGUCGUAGGCGUCAUGUUCGUUUUUUUUUUUUGAUGUAUGAAAAUUAUUAUUGUUUGAUAAUAUUGUUUGUUUAUAAAUAAUAUGAAGGUUAUUGUUAAAUUGUAAAAAAAAAUCAGGUUGUUUUUUUGUAGUUGUGCUAACCAUUGCUGAUGUUGUUUUUUGUCUUUGUUAAUAUAAAUAAUGAGAUGUUGGUGAAAAAAAAAGAAAUAUAAAAAAUAAGUUGUCAUCAUGCCGAUAUAUUGCAAGAUAGCAACAUUUUUUACUUUUGUCCCGUAUUUUUGUCAGUACAUGUUUCUGUCUCGCUGCAGAGGCCUUUAUUCAUGGCCACAUCGUGUUCAUUCUUUAAUCAAGAGCUUUCAUAGUCUGGAUAAAAGAUAACUCGGACCAGAGAAUUAUUUUAACAUAUUGAAAUAUUGGGAUAACUUUUAAAUAACUUUUACCUUCAAGGUCAAUAUUAAAAUUUUUUCACUAUAACGGGGUGGAAACAGGAGCUUUUUUGUUUCAUGGAUAUAUUUCGUAAUGUACAAUAAAUUUGAUACUAUUUUCAUAAAUAUGAGGACAUUUUUUAAUAAUGAUAAAGUCUGUACAUUUUCUAUUACAAGCAUUAUAUUUAAGGGGUAAUGAUUUCAGUUGUCUGAAAUGAAAACCUUAUUGUAAAACAUUUUCUUGUGCGCUUUUUAAAAAAAAUAAUCUGGAUUUGGAUUUGUUAUUGUUUGCCUUUGUAGCAUUUUUUAUCUUAAAGCAUUUUUCUUUAGCUCAAAGCAUUUUAUUUUAUCUAUGAUUUAUUGUAAAUUGUACUGUGAAGCAUUUAAUGCUUUGUCUUUGAUUAGCAUUACAAAUCUGACUGAUAUCACUUGGCCACACAGCUACUUAUAUAUAAUAUAUAUGAUGUAACUGACAUUGGUCAAAGUUAAGAAUAUUUGGACUGCGUUUGUCAAUUCCAUGGCAAAGAAAAUGACUUUUAACUCAGUGUAAGGUAAUGACUAAAGAUUUGACUACUUUCAAUUGGCCACUUCAUUGUACAGACCGUGUAUCUAAAUUUUGCCCAUUUUACUACUAUGGCAAAAGCUUACACAGUUGUUUAUUUCAUGUUAUUGACUUUUUUAAUGUAACUUGCUCCAGCCUUGACUAUAUUUGUUGACUUAAUUAUUAGUUGACCUCUUCUUUUAUUGCCAUGCGCUAAAGCAAAAAAACACUUUACUAAUUUUUGUUCAAGAAUUGAUUAAUUGUUUAAUUGUCAGGAUUCAUACUGUAAUUAUUUCACUGGGUUUGCUAAUUUAUCUUUUUUUACUGCCAAUACUUAUUUUUCUUAAUUAUGUUUUUUUUGUAUUUAUUGAUAUUGUCAUUGUUAAAUGCUUUAUUACUUAUUUUGAUUUUAGUGACUAUAUUUAGUUUAAAAAAUGAAGAAUUAUCGUAUGUUUUGUUUUACUUGGCUUUUAUGAUUCGAUCGCAUAUUAUAGGUUACCAAAUAAUUUCCGUUUUUGUAAACUUUUUCAGGGAUUAUUCUGGCUACAUAUAUUUCAACAUAAUAGUUUAUAAUUUAAUGUAACAUCAUACUUAACAUGAUUUAAAUCACCUUUCAUGUGCAUUUAGUAUUUCUGAUGAAAAAUGUUAUUGAUUUACGAGCUACUUGUCAGUUAUUUCCAUUUUUUUUAAAAGCCGGUCAAGACACGGACUUCACAUGUCAUUUAAAGUUCAUGGUCAAAGUCACUUACUAAGUCUUGCAGUUGGGAAGAUAUUGAAUAUGAAAUGUGUUUUCAUUGUGAAGUGCAAAUUGUUUCUUGGGAAAAGUGAAAGUUCAUGUAGUAUUAAAUACUGUAACGGCUUUUAGUCUUGUUUUUAGUCUUGUUUUACCGGUAAUUGAUACCAAAUGAUAUUAUCCUAUUUUUGCACAUGGUUUCAGAAAUGUGGAUAUAUGAAUGUAGCAUUAAGGGAUGUAUGUAGGUACCUAGUGCAAUUAUUAAACUGCUGUUUUAGUGAUCCUACACAAUCAAAGUUUCCAUUAAAGUUUGAUAUAUUAAACAUAA